GGUUAUAACGGCAAGCUUUUCGUUUUCGCACACCCUCCCACACUUCUCCCGUCUAAAUCGUCGCCGAUUUGGCAUUUAUCGGGUUUGAAAAGAAAUUAGAGACGAAAGAGAUGGAGGGAAAAAUUUCGAGUUCAGAAGAUACUAAUUUGCUUCAAAGGAUCAAAGAAUUUACUCGAUCGGUCGUUGAAGAUCUUGCCGAGGGAAGAUCUCCGAAAAUUUCAAUCAAUCGAUUUAGGAACUAUUGCAUGAAUCCUGAAUCGGACUGCUUUUGCAGCUCUGAUAAACCAAAGGGUCAGGACAUUCUUACUCUUAAGAGGGAACCUCAAACCUACAGAAUCGAUAUGUUGCUAAGAGUAAUGUUGAUAUUCCAACAACUUCUUCAAGAAAAUAGACAUGCAUCCAAAAGAGAUAUCUACUACAUGCACCCUUCAGCAUUCAAAGCUCAAUCAGUUGUGGACCGUGCUAUUGGUGAUAUAUGCAUCCUUUUUCAGUGUAGUCGGUACAACUUGAAUGUGGUUUCUGUUGGAAACGGGUUGGUGAUGGGCUGGUUAAAAUUUAGGGAAGCUGGAAGGAAGUUUGAUUGUUUAAACAGCUUGAAUACUGCAUUUCCCGUUCCUGUUCUUGUAGAGGAAGUCGAAGAUAUUGUUAGCCUAGCAGAGUACAUACUGGUGGUGGAAAAAGAAACAGUAUUCCAGCGUUUAGCAAAUGAUAUGUUUUGCAAGAUGAACCGCUGCAUCGUUAUCACAGUAAGCACUGCAGUUGAUUUGUUCUUUCUGAUUUCAGUUUUGACUAGUUUUGCUUUCCUUUCUUCCAAUUUUUUCGGUAAAGGUAUGAUUGUUUUUUGGCAGGGAAGAGGCUAUCCUGAUGUCUCAACAAGAAGGUUCUUGCGACUCCUCAUUGAGAAGUUGCAACUACCUGUGCAUUGUCUAGUCGAUUGUGAUCCAUAUGGCUUUGAGAUCCUAGCCACAUACCGUUUUGGCUCCAUGCAAAUGGCCUAUGAUAUUGAAUCAUUACGAGCACCAGAUAUGAAAUGGUUGGGAGCUUUUCCUUCAGACUCUGAGAUAUAUAAUGUACCCAAACAGUGCCUUUUGCCUUUGACAGAAGAAGAUAAGAAAAGAACUGAGGCACUGUUGCUUAGAUGCUACCUGAAACGUGAACUGCCACAAUGGAGAUUGGAACUUGAAACGAUGCUGGAAAGAGGAGUGAAGUUUGAGAUCGAAGCACUCUCAGUUCACUCACUGUCUUUUUUGUCAGAGGUUUAUAUUCCUUCCAAGAUUCGUCGUGACUUAAAUUCGCCUUGAGCUAGUCUCCAACUCAAGGUAUGCUCGUUGUUCUUAUGACUCUUUCAAAGCUUUUCUUAGUGACAAACACCAAAUGCAGUCGGGAUCGGAUAGGUACAUGGACAAAUGAACAUAAAAUUUAAUGGAAAACUACAAGUUAUGAAAAUUCACAGUUUUAUACUUUUUAAUGAUACAAAGUAAUCCCAUCCCCAAAGAAUAUGAGUCAAUUGUCAUUUAAAAACACUAUUUCGGUUGCUUUGUAAUACAGAAGUAAGGGUUCAUUUAUCUUCUAAACAUUUCCAAACCUAAUUCGAAGUAUUAAAGUACCCCUGCCCUGACUAAAAACCUCAGAGCACUCCGAUCCAAAAAAAAAA